AGGCAUAUGACAGCGGUAGCAGCAACAGCAAGCAGAGAGCUUCUCCAGGCGGCUUUUGCUGCAGUACGCUGAUUGCCACUUUCCUAGCAGCCAGCAAGAUCCCCAGCAGCAGGCACUUGGAGGAGACUCUGCGUGGGCGCUCGUUUAAGGAGUACCUGACUAAACAAUUGGGUUAUUCUUUAACUGCGGGAGAAGUGCCUGUAUUCCCUUCACGCAAGCUCCCUACGGGGUUUUUGCAUUCUUAAUUUAUUGGAGCUCUUUCUCCCUCCGUCUUUCGCCUGUUACUUCUUUUUCUUCCUUCCUUCCUUCCUUCCUUCCUUUUUAUUUUUAUUUUUUGAUUGUUAUUCACCCCCCCAAACCUGUGCUGCAUCACUAGCUCUCAUUAUGCUGUGCUCAGUAGCCCAGUGCGCUCCCCGCCUCUGCUAGGCAGUGGCAGCAUGGAUGGUGCUCUUGCGACGACCUCUGCCGAUGCUAUCAGUCCACUGCGGAUAGGCAUGCUGAGUAAUCCUGCUGUAAAUGGGCGAGGACACGGACACACGGAAAAUUAACCACAGCUUUCUUCGAGACCACAACUAUGUGACUGAAGCUGAUAUUAUUUCUACAGUUGAGUUCAACCACACUGGAGAACUUCUGGCUACUGGUGACAAGGGGGGUCGGGUUGUUAUAUUCCAAAGGGAACCUGAGAGUAAAAAUGAGCCUUACAGUCAGGGGGAGUACAAUGUUUACAGCACUUUCCAGAGCCAUGAACCUGAAUUUGAUUAUUUGAAGAGCUUGGAGAUAGAGGAAAAAAUAAACAAGAUCAAGUGGUUACCACAGCAGAAUGCAGCCCACUCACUUUUAUCAACAAAUGAUAAAACUAUCAAGUUAUGGAAAAUUACUGAAAGAGAUAAGAGACCAGAGGGGUACAACUUAAAAGAUGAAGAAGGAAAACUUAAAGAUCUUUCUACAGUAACAUCACUACAGGUGCCUGUAUUGAAACCUAUGGAUUUGAUGGUAGAAGUCACUCCCCGGAGAAUCUUUGCUAAUGGUCACACCUAUCAUGUCAACUCAAUAUCUGUCAACAGUGACUGCGAGACAUACAUGUCAGCGGAUGAUCUCAGGAUUAACCUCUGGCAUUUAGCAAUCACAGACAGGAGCUUCAACAUUGUAGAUAUAAAGCCAGCCAAUAUGGAGGACCUGACAGAAGUGAUUACAGCCUCUGAGUUUCAUCCCCAUCAUUGCAAUCUCUUUGUCUACAGCAGCAGCAAAGGAUCGUUGAGACUCUGCGACAUGAGAGCAUCAGCCCUCUGUGACAAACAUUCCAAGCUUUAUGAAGAACCAGAAGACCCCAGUAACAGAUCAUUUUUUUCAGAAAUUAUCUCUUCAGUGUCAGAUGUCAAAUUCAGUCACAGUGGUAGAUAUAUGCUAACAAGAGAUUACCUCACUGUCAAAGUUUGGGAUCUGAACAUGGAAACAAAGCCUGUAGAAACGUACCAGGUCCAUGAUUACCUUAGGAGCAAGCUGUGUUCCCUCUAUGAGAAUGACUGCAUCUUUGACAAGUUUGAAUGUGCGUGGAAUGGAUCAGACAGUGUCAUAAUGACGGGUGCGUACAACAACUUUUUUCGAAUGUUUGACCGAAAUACCAAGCGGGAUGUUACCUUGGAGGCGUCCCGAGAGAGCAGCAAACCGCGAGCUAUUCUGAAACCCCGGCGAGUCUGUGUCGGAGGCAAACGGAGGAAAGACGACAUCAGCGUUGACAGUUUGGACUUUACUAAGAAGAUCUUGCACACGGCGUGGCACCCCACCGAGAACAUCAUUGCUAUCGCAGCGACAAACAAUCUGUACAUAUUUCAGGAUAAAGUGAACUCAGAGAUGCACUAGAUUUAUCACUCUCCCUCCAAUUUACAAACCAGCCUCUUGAGAGUUGUAGAAGGAUGUGAUCUUCACAAAAAUUGUGGCUUCUGUGGUGGCAUUUGUAGGCUGUAUCCUUUCAGCCCUCGGCCUGUCUUAGUAUCGGCGGCAAGCCAACCGUUUUCCAUCACUGCAGCUGUACGAGGAAAAGGCACGACCGCAAA